AAAACAGAAAUGAAACAUCUUAAAGAAGAAAAAGUCUCAACAAGAAAAGAAAGUCUUCAAUCACACAAUGUGACAAAAGCAGAAAAACCUGCAAGAGUAUCAAGAGAAGAUCUGGAAGAUGUACCGGCUUCAAAGAAAGCUGAAGAAGCUGAAGAUGUGUACUCCACAAAGAAGCAAAAAAGCCCCAUCAGUUUCUUCCAAUGUGUCUACUUGGAUGGAUACAAUGGCUAUGGAUUUCAGUUUCCUGUCACUCCUGCGCAUCAUCCCGGAGAGAGCUCUGGCCAACGAAGUUCUCCAGGACAAAAGCAACAAGGACAAUAGAUACACAUGCAUGGCCCUUACAAGUGCUUUGAGACUUCGACGAUAGGACCUAUUGUUUGUCUGCAGUGGCGUAGGCAGUUAAAAUCAUGAAUCUGGGGAGUUUCUCUGAAAAUGUUUUACUCUCCUGCCUGACCUACAGAGAAAGGGUGGGCAAAAGGAUUGAAUGAUAAGCAAACAUGUUGAAAGAUAUGGCGCUCAAGAAUCUGUUAUUUGUGUUUGUUGCUAAGUGUGGAUGCUUAUAUUUUCCUAUUUCUAUUCACUGUAGAGUUGCUUACAAAUUAAAGUUUCCUUAAUAAUGAUCUUUUAAAUAUAACUGACACAAUUACAAAAUGGAAUUCCUGAUUCCAGUUAGAUAUAUUCUUACAUGAAAACACAGACUAUGCUUUCAGUUUAAGGAGUACAGGAGCCUACACAAAAGCUACUCUUUAUGAUGUGGAUCUCUAAACGCAAUUUGCCCACUAAGUUGAUGUUUAAUAGUUUAGUUUUACUUAUGUCUCUUUCUAUUUUCGUUGUGGCAAUGCUUUAAGAAUGGGUAAUAGUUGCACCAAAGAGUGCUGUAAGUUCCUUGUGAUGCUCUUUUACACAGAAUUCAAAAUAUCUCUGAACUUUGGACAUGAUAAAAUGAGGUAGAAAUGUCUGAUAAACCUUCUCUCUCAGAUUUGUCUUAAAUUAUAAUUAGGACAUUCACUCCAGUGGAAAUAUACCAUCCAAUUAGGCAGGUCUGGUGAAUCAUUUGUUUGACAUAAAGGCAAAUGAGAUGUAGUAUUUUCAGAUUUCUCCAGACUAUGUCCUAAUGAAAAUGUCACCUGGAUGAAAUUUUAGUUCAAUCACUAAAUUUGGGUGACAAAUGCAAAGGCAUUUCCUUUCACUUACAUAGGAUCAUUCUGUACAGUUAAAUGGGUUUUCUUUCUCAAAAAUAUAUAUAUAUGUAUAUAAAUGAAUGUCAUCAAAAUUGAAGAACUAUAUUUUAACCAUAAGUGCUUCAUGAGAUGUCUUACUUGUUUUUUAGUUAAGUGGUUAUCAGCACCAAUAGAACAAAUGACAAUUUUUAAGUUACUUGAUGAUCAUUGGGAAUGACUAUGAUGGCUUUGUCAUCUUUUUGUCUUCUGGUGAUAUGAACACUUAUGUUCUUUACCACAUUUUUCUAUCAACUUUAAAAGUCAUGCCACUGUGACCUUAAUCGUGUUUACAGUUGCAACUCAACUUACGACAAAUGAACUCAGGAAAUAAAUUAAGUUAUCCUUUCUGGCAUUAUAAUUACCCUCUGCUGAGGUAGCCAGAGCCAAUACUAGCCAAGUGACUUAUUUUCAACAACUAUCAAGUUCUUUAAGUCUAAUUUAGAACUCUGAUUUACUAAAAUAUUAGGCUAGGGCAUCAGUAACACGUUCAGUAUUAAUAAUGGAUUUUCAGUGACUUCGGUGAAAAGAGUUGGUCUCAGACACCUGCUGGUAGAUCUAACUCACACCACAAAAGCCAACAUUACGAUGAACCAAGAUUAAUGACACUCUUUCGGGGGGACCUAGAGUGUAUAACUUCAGGACUGACCAGAUGGUAUCAUCUUGUAAAGCUUCUUCAUGUAGCAAUGGAAACUUGUGGAGGGGACAGUUGGUAAAGUUUAUUGCUCAACUGCUCCUACGGCUUCUUCAAUUUAAUGAAGAAGGGAAUAGAGAGCAAAUAUGACAGUUGUUUAGAUUUCAUAGAAUGAUUUAUCCAUUCUUUCAUUCAAUGACUAUGUAUUAAGUACUUACUCUUUCUAGGACACUAUGUUAGGCACUGGACUAUGUAAGAAAAAUACCAGAAAUAAAUUCUGUUCCCAGUGCUAUGUUGACACAAUGUGUGCCCUUGGAAAAUUUACUAAAUAUACUGUGCUUGUUUUCCUAUGUGUGAAAUAGGGAUUUCAAGACAAACAACAACCUGAUACCUCACAGAUGUACUGUGGACACUGACAACAUAUCUUAAUAUGAAUAUGAUGUCAAAAUAAAUUUCUGAAAUAAUA